CGUAAAACAGAUUGUCAAGAUCACAGUCAUUAGAAUCAAAUCAAAACAAUCUGGGAAAUGAAUGAAUCUCUAUACGAUGUGUGCGUGAUUGGAGCGGGUAUUGAGGGCAGUUGUGCUGCUCGAUAUUCAGCCUCUCGUGGAAAGAAAACUUUGCUGUUAGAACAGUUUCAUCUUCCACAUUCUCAUGGAAGCUCUCAUGGUACCACCAGAUUAGUUCGUUAUGGUUAUAGUAACUCUAUAUUCUCUGAUCUGAUGCCUGAAUCCUAUAAAAUGUGGGAAGAGGUUGAAAAGAAAGCUGGCAAACAAUUGUUCAAGAAAGUGGGGCUCUUUUCUGCAGAAGGGCCACCAUUUGCUGAAGUUAGCAAGCUUGUACUUAAUGUCAGAAAUUGUGGUGGUAUAUGUGAGGUAUUGUCACCUGAAGAAAUCAAGAAGAGGUUCCCUAAGUUUAGUCUGCCACCAGACUGGAAUGGAACAUUUGAACCUGAGGGAGGAUUCAUACUAGCCAACCAAGCUUUGAAGGCUGUCCAGGAACAGUUUGUUGAAUUUGGUGGGAACCUUCAUGAUGGUGAAAAGGUAGUGAAGAUUGAACCUGGUAAUAUAGUUACCAUACACACAUCAAAAGGUGUAUAUCAAGCAAAGAAUAUCAUCAUUACGGCAGGUCCUUGGGUAAAUGAGAUUCUGAAGCCACUUGGUGUGAAGUUACCAGUUGAAAUUUGGAGAGUUAAUCUGAGUUUCUGGGAGCCUAAAGAUCCAAAACAAUUUUCAAUAGAAAGUGGGUUUCCUGGAUUCAUCUUGUAUUUGGAAGAUCUAGAUGGCUUGGGUCAUGAGCACGUCUAUGGAUUCCCUGUGUUUGAGUUUCCAGGUCUGAUCAAGAUUUGUCAUCAUGGUGGAGUUCCUGUCUCUGGACCUCAGUCAAGGGAUGAUAUGAGAAAAGAUGAAAAAUACAUUGACAAAACAUCUAAAUGUAUUUCCAAGAGAUUCGUAGGGAUUGACCCCAACCCAAAAAUAGUAGACACCUGCAUGUACACGGUAACUCCAGACAGCUCGUUUGUCCUUGACUAUCAUCCAUCACAUUCUAACAUUGUAAUUGGUGCAGGAUUUUCAGGUCAUGGAUUUAAAAUGGCACCCUUGGUUGGCAAGAUUCUAUACCAGCUUGCACUUGGAGAAAGGCCUUCUUAUGAAAUGGGGCCGUUCAAGAUCUCAAGAUUUAAUGUUCCAAAGUCUUCCUUGUGAAAGACGAUUGAAAGAACCUGAGUGAUCAGAAAAUUUAAUAUUUAACAAUAGCGUUGCUUUUUUAAAAAAAUAAUGUAAUGCCUGAAUGCAAUUUUAUCGAAUGGGCUUCCCGAAGGCGUUGAGGAAAAAAUAUUUAAAAUAUGAGCUUAUGCUUUUUACAUGAAA